AUGUCCCAAUCCGAUAUCGAGGCUGCCACUGCCCUCAAGCAGCAGGGUAACAAGUCGUUUGCGCAGCAUGACUGGCCCGCGGCACUUGAUUUCUACACUCGUGCUAUCGAGCUGUACGAUCAGGAGCCGUCCUUCUACUGUAACAGAGCACAGGUAAAUGUUAAGAUGGAAGCGUUUGGAUUCGCGAUCGCAGAUGCCACCAAAGCUAUCGAGCUAGACCCUUCAUACGUCAAGGCAUACUGGCGCCGAGCAGUCGCCAACACCGCAAUCCUCAACUCCCGCGCGGCACUCAAAGACUUCAAGACCGUGGUGAAAAAGGCCCCACACGACCGUGACGCGAAGCUCAAGCUAGCAGAGUGCGAGAAGCUCGUACGGCGUAUCGAAUUCGAGAAGGCCAUCGAGGUCGCGGAUCCUCCGUCAGCGUUCGAGGGGCUGAAUAUCGACUCGUUUAUCGUGGAUGAUAGCUACGACGGCGCUCGGUUGGAGGAUAAGAUGACACAGGAGUUCAUAGACGAUAUGAUUCAACGGUUCAAGGACGGGAAGCAGAUACACAAGAAAUACGCUUUCCAGAUAGUCAAGGCUGUACGGGAUAUUGCGUAUAACGAGCCUACCAUGGUGGAAGUUGGCGUUGAGGAGGGCUCAAAAAUGACCGUUUGCGGUGACACACAUGGUCAAUUCUUCGAUCUUCUUGAAAUAUUCCGUCUUAACGGCUUCCCAUCCGACACGCACUCCUACCUCUUCAACGGAGAUUUCGUCGAUCGCGGCAGCUGGUCUUGUGAAAUCGCUCUUCUCCUCUACGCCUACAAAUGGAUGCGCCCCAACGGUUUCUUUAUCAACCGUGGAAACCACGAAACCGAUGACAUGAACCGUGCCUACGGCUUCGAAGGUGAAUGCAAGGCCAAAUACUCCGAACGUCUGUUCAAGGUCUUCUCUGAAUCCUUCAGCGCACUCGCCCUUGCUACACUGAUAGGGCAGAAAUUCCUAGUUCUCCACGGCGGCUUGUUUUCUGAUGAUAACAUCUCACUGGCUGAUAUCAGAGCGCUGAACAGGCAUAAUCAGCGCCAGCCUGGUCAGCAGGGAUUGAUGAUGGAGAUGCUCUGGACUGAUCCCCAGACGGCACCGGGUAGAGGACCCAGCAAGAGAGGCGUCGGAAUGCAGUUUGGCCCUGAUGUCACGAAGAGGUUCUGUGAGAAGAACGGACUCGAGGCGGUUAUUAGAAGUCACGAGGUCCGCAUGGAGGGUUAUGAGGUCGAGCAUGAUGGAAGGUGUAUUACUGUAUUCUCUGCUCCCAAAUACUGUGACAGCACGGAAAAUAAGGGUGCAUACAUCAACAUUGGCCCAGAGCUUAAGCUUGACUUCCAUAAGUUCGAUGCUGUUCCGCAUCCUGAUAUCAAGCCAAUGGCUUACGCAAACAACUCGAUAAUGUCUCUGAUGUAA